AAAAAAGAAAUGGCAAAAUAAAUAUGAGGGAAAAUUAAAUAGGAAAAUAAAUUAAGUGGGGAAUUAAUACAACGGCAAAAUAAUAACACAAAAUAAAUGAAUCAAUUAAAUUAUUAAAACAAAUUCAAAAAUUGUAAAAUAAGAAACAAUUUAUGUCACAUCUUAUCAGCUUCAUAAAUAAAUAAACAAAUAAAUAAACAAAUAAAUAAAUAAACGAACAAACAGCUCCUGCAGGACGGGGUGUCAUUGCGCAGCUCUGCCGGCAGGUGUCGCCAUUCUGCGGCUUCCCUUCACUGCAGCCUCUACGGCGUCUGCUAAGGGACAUUUUAUGAUUUACUUUGACAAAUACUGCUGUUUGUGGUGUUUUAUCGACAGAGACAGACUUGUAAACAACCAGCGGAGUGUUUUACACAUUUAAAUGUCCUGAGGAUUAAACGCUGAUUCGUUUAAAGCCGCGUAGAGACGCUCCGUCACCGCCGGGCUGCGAUGAGAAGUAACGGGAGUUAGUGGCCGGAGGCAGCGUCGCCACUUCGGACUUUUUGUCUGGGAACCAUUGAGUCCAUCCGGUGAGUGAAUCUGUGACCGGUCACCGGAUCGAUAAGGCGUUAACGACCCCGUUAGAGGCAGGAGAAUGAGGUCCAGAGCAGCCCUCCACCGCAGGACGUCACGGAGCUCAUCACGGCUCAGUCACCACCGUUAGCCGCCUCUGAACGGGUCGUAACCGGGGUAACAGCCGGGGUGUAACCGGGGCCGAGUCUCCUGCAGCAGGACGAGUGCACACACACCGUGAGGAGGAGUGAAGGCCAGUGUCUGUGUGCAGUCUGAGUCUCAUGGAGGAGGAGGUGACGAUGAGCAUGGAGUACCUGCUGGAGCAGGUGAUGCACAAGGACCUGGGCAAGAGGCUCCAGGUGGGCCCCGAGGUCAUGGAGCUGAUCCUGGACGAGGAGAGGACCCCCGACAUGGAGCAGGAGCAGGGCAUGCUGGACAGGAUGGUGGACGCAGUGGCCAGCUCCUGGGUCAACUCCAGCAACUUCAAGGUGGUGCUGCUGGGGAUGGACAUCCUGUCAGCUCUGGUCAGCAGGCUGCAGGAGAGGUUCAGGACGCAGGUGGGAACAGUGCUGCCCAGCCUCAUCGACCGCUUAGGAGACGCCAAGGACCAAGUCCGGGACCAGGACCAGGCUCUGCUGCUGAAGAUCAUGGACCAGGCUGCCAACCCACAGUACGUGUGGGAGCGCAUGAUGGGAGGCUUCAAACACAAGAACAACAGGACCAGAGAAGGACUGUGCCUCUGUCUCAUCUCAACUCUCAACGUGUUUGGAUCUCAGAGUCUGACGCUCAGUAAAAUCGUCCCUCACAUCUGUAACCUCCUGGGAGACCCCACAAGUCAGGUACGACCACAGGUUUAACCUGCUGCUCUUCUGUGGUCGUCUGUAUGUGGACGUCUCUGUGAUCCCUGGUCUGUGACCGCCCCCUGCUGGUCAGACACACACACUACAGCUCAGCAGGAACCAGGAUGUUUUCCUGAUGUAUUUUAGGAGAGAAAUCCACAGCAGGGAUCAAACCUGUGACCUUGCAGCCGUUACGGGGUCGCUCGACUCUCCGCCCCGCUGCACACGUCUAUCAUCACCGGAACUACAGCUUCCUCUGGAGGACAGGAAGCAGUGCCCAUGAGCUUCCCUUCCUGCAGACAAACACACUCUGAAGCACUUGUCUUCUGCGUUACCAAGCAUCAUCACCAUGACGAUGAGUUCAGGAACCGCUGUGAUAUUUGUGUCUGACGGUUUGCUGGUGAGAGGAAAGUGGAGACCAGCUGGAGACAGAUAAAACUAUGACACGUUCCUGUGCUCAGCGUUUGGCUUGAUUCAGAUUUAUUUAUUUUACACUGAGCAGAAAAAACUUUAAUAAAGAUCUUGACGAUUUUUGAAAAUGCUGUCAGAUUACCUCAAAGUACAGCAAGCAAACGAUGUGCUAAAACAAGAUGUUGAAUGAAAAUAAAGUACAGCAAGCAAACGAUGUGCUAAAACAAGAUGUUGAAUGAAAAUAAAGUACAGCAAGCAAACGAUGUGCUAAAACAAGAUGUUGAAUGAAAAUAAAGUACAGCAAGCAAACGAUGUGCUAAAACAAGAUGUUGAAUGAAAAUAAAGUACAGCA